UUUGUUUUAUGCGAAUGUUUCUGUGGGAUCACCGAGCUUACGGUUUCUUGUGGCACUUGACACCGGAAGCGACCUGUUUUGGUUACCAUGUGAUUGCAUCCAAUGCGUACGUGGCUUGCAGACAACAUCUGGACAAGUAGACUUUAAUAUUUACAGCCCUAGUAAUUCAACAACAAGUUCGAAAGUUUCCUGCAACAGUACCUUUUGUGGACAAUGCUCACUUAAUACAUGUCCCUAUUAUGACGAAUAUCUUUCUAAUAAUACUUCAUCUUUUGGGCUCUUGGUAGAGGAUGUCUUGCACUUAACUACAGAUGACAGUCAAUUAAAAGCUGUUGAUGCACAAAUUACAUUUGGCUGUGGCAUUGUUCAAACUGGUUUAUUUUUGGAUGGUGGAGCUCCUAAUGGUCUAUUUGGGCUUGGUAUGAAAAAUAUAUCUGUUCCUAGCAUUUUAGCUAAUCAAGGGCUUGCUGCAAAUUCCUUUUCUAUGUGUUUUGGACCUGAUGGAAUUGGGAGAAUUAGUUUUGGAGAUAAAGGCAGCUCAGAACAAGGAGAAACACCAUUCAAUCUUGGCCAAUCACAUCCAACUUAUAACAUUAGCAUAACACAAAUUACCGUGGACAAGAAUGUCACUGAUCUUAGUUUCACUGCAAUCUUUGACUCUGGUACCUCAUUCACAUACUUAAACGACCCAGCUUAUUCAGUUAUCACCGAGGGUUUCAAUUCCCAGGCCAAAGAGAAACGGCAUCCACCUGAUUCCCAGAUCCCUUUUGAAUAUUGCUAUGAUUUAAGUGCAAAUCAGACAACCUUUGAGACUGCAUCAUUGAAUUUAACCAUGAAAGGUGGAAAACAAUUCCCCGUGACUAAUCCAAUAGAAAUAAUUGAUAUGCAGGGUCAAGGAUACAUAUAUUGCUUAGCUGUUGUCAAAAGUGGGGAUAUAAAUAUCAUUGGGCAAAACUUCAUGACCGGAUACCGUAUCAUCUUUGAUCGCGAAAGGAUGGUUCUGGGCUGGGAGUCAUCCAAUUGUUACAAUGCUACCAACUCCAGCACUUUACCUAUAAACCCUGGAAACUCUGGUGCAGUUACUCCGACAACUACUGUAGAGCCACAAGCCACAUCAAGUUCUACAAAUGGUUCACCUCUUCCGAGUCCUGAUGUACCGCCGCCUGCAUCAAGUGAUUCACCGCACUUGAAUUCUUACACUUACACACUACACGCCGUUGUCAUUCUUUCACUCUUUAUCCACGGUUUUGUCAUUCUUUCCUCAUGAGGCAUUUUCGUCCCCCCCUCAUAUUUUGUUGAUUGUCAUUGGUUUGCGGUGUAAUACAACAUUAUAUUGGAGGCAUAUUGGUUGUUUCAUAUACAGAUAUUUUUUUUUUAGUAUAUCUUCAGCAUUAGUUUGAACCUACCAUUGUAUAUAUAUAUUUGUGGUUUUGAUCAGAAGCAUACCUUUUGUAUAAUGAUGGAGAGAGUAUUUAUUACCCUCUUUUUUUUC